AUGCCGGUGACGGGCGCGGAGCGCGGCGGGCUGGCUCGGGCCGGGGCCGCGGCGCUGCUGGCCGGGGCCGGCUGCCUGUGCCACUGCGGCUCGCUGCGCGGCGAGUUCGUGCACGACGACGUGUGGGCCAUCGUGAACAACCCCGAUGUGAGGCCCGGAGCCCCGCGGCGCUGGGCCGUCUUCGCCAACGACUUCUGGGGCAAGGGCCUGGCCGAGAACACCAGCCACAAGUCCUACCGGCCUCUGUGCGUCCUGUCCUUCAGGCUAAAUAUAUUUUUGACUGGGAUGGACCCUUUCUACUUCCAUGUGGUGAAUGUGAUUUUGCAUUGCCUGGUCACCCUUGUGCUGAUGUACACGUGUGAUAAAGCGGUCUUCAAGCAUCGCGGGCUUGCUUUCGUCACAGCGCUGCUUUUUGCGGUACACCCUGUUCACACCGAAGCCGUGGCUGGCAUUGUGGGCAGAGCUGACGUGUUAGCGUGUCUCCUGUUCCUGCUGGCCUUCCUCUCUUACAAUAGGAGUCUGGGUCGGGGCGUGGUGGAGCAGGGUUUCCCGCCCACAGCUUCCCCCCUCUUCCUGCUGCUCAGCCUGUUUCUGGGGACCUGCGCCAUGCUGGUGAAAGAGACGGGCGUCACGGUGUUCGCAGUGUGCUUGGUCUACGACCUCUUCUCCCUCGCUCACAGGCAGGACAAGUCGAGCAAUGGAAACAUCUGUCAGCACAGCCCACAGCAUCUGGGGAGUCCUCAACCUCCCUCACAGCCAGCCCACCUCCACCCCCACCGGGAGAGCAGGAAGCAGAGAUUCCCACAUAGAGAAGCUUGGGGUGGCUGCCAUGCCCCACUGCCACCGGAGCCCAAAAGCAGCGGAUUCCCAGUGUCUUCAAGAGCUGUGUGGUCCCUGAUGAGGUGUCUGACGGCAAGCAGCAGCAGGGACUUCCUGCUUACCUUGAGACCCUUCUUAAAACGGGCCACCGUGGUCAUAAGUUAUGUCAUCGUCAUUCUGUACUUCCGUCUGUGGAUAAUGGGGGGAACUCUGCCCCUCUUCUCAGAGCAGGACAACCCAGCUUCCUUCUCGCCUUACAUCCUUACAAGGUUCCUCACCUACUCCUACCUCCUGGCCUUCAACGUGUGGCUUCUGCUGGCGCCCGUCACCCUGUGCUAUGACUGGCAGGUGGGCAGCAUUCCUCUGGUGGAGACCAUCUGGGACGUGAGGAACCUGGCCUCCCUCCUGCUGGCAGCCGUGAUGGUGCUGCUGAGCCUGCACUGCGUGGCUGCCUUCAAGAGGCUGGAGCACAAGGAAGUGUUAGUGGGCUUGCUGUUCCUCGUGUUCCCGUUCAUUCCGGCCAGCAACCUCUUCUUCAGGGUGGGCUUUGUGGUGGCCGAAAGAGUCCUUUACAUGCCGAGCAUGGGCUACUGCAUCCUCUUUGUGCACGGACUGAGCAAGCUGGGCGCUGGCCUGAGCCGGUGCGGGCUCACCUCCCUGACGGCGUCCACCGUGCUGCUGCUUGUGCUUUUCUCCUGGAAAACCGUGAAGCAGAAUGAGAUCUGGCUGUCCAGAGAGUCCCUGUUCAGGUCUGGAGUUCAGACACUGCCCCACAAUGCCAAGGUGCACUACAACUAUGCUAAUUUCCUGAAGGAUCAAGGGCGGAUCAAGGAAGCCAUCUACCACUACAGGACUGCCCUCAAGCUGUACCCACGCCACGCGAGUGCACUGAACAACCUGGGGACCCUGACGAAGGACACGGCGGAGGCGAAGAUGUAUUACCAGCGCGCCCUGCAGCUCCAGCCCCAGCACAACCGGGCGCUCUUCAAUCUCGGGAACCUCCUUAAGUCCCAGGAGAAAACAGAAGAGGCCAUCGUGCUGCUGAAGGACUCCAUUAAGUAUGGCCCAGACUUUGCCGACGCAUACUCAAGCCUGGCUUCCCUACUGGCCGAGCAGGAAAGAUUCAAGGAAGCUGAGGAGAUCUAUAAGGCUGGAAUAAAGAACUGUCCAGACAGCUCUGACUUGCACAACAACUACGCGGUCUUCCUGGUUGACUCUGGCUCUCCGGAGAAGGCUGUGGCGCACUACCAGCAGGCCAUCCAGCUCAGCCCCAGCCAUCACGUGGCGGUGGUGAACCUGGGCCGGCUGUACAGGUCCCUGGGGAAGAACAGCAUGGCUGAGGAGUGGUACAAACGCGCCCUGCAGGUGGCCCGCACGGCUGACGUCCUAUCUCCUCUGGGCGCCCUCUACUACAACACAGGCCGCCACCAGGAGGCCCUGCAGGUGUACCGGGAGGCCGCAGCGCUCCAGCCCGCACAGAAGGAGCUCCGCCUGGCCCUGGCUCAGGUCCUGGCAGUGAUGGGUGAGACCCAAGAAGCUGAAAAGAUGACCAGUCACCUCGUGUCAGAAGAGCCCGGGUGCCUGGAAUGCUACCGCCUCCUGUCAGCUAUCUACAGCAAGCAAGAGUGCCACGGCAAGGCCCUCGAUGCCAUAGACAAGGCCCUCCAGCUGAAACCAAAGGACCCAAAAGUCAUGUCUGAACUCUUCUUCACAAAAGGAAACCAACUAAGAGAGCAGAACCUUCUUGACAAAGCUUUUGAGAGCUAUGAAGCGGCCGUGGCUCUGGAUCCCGAUCAAGCACAGGCCUGGAUGAACAUGGGCGGCAUCCGGCACAUCCAGGGAAGCUACGUGUCUGCGAGAGCGCACUAUGAGACAGCCUUACGACUGGUUCCCGACAGCAAACUGCUGAAGGAGAACCUGGCCAAGCUGGAGCGCCUGGAGAGACGGCUGCUAGAGGUCCGGGAGAAGCGCCACACGUAGCCCCACCCUUGGCCCAGCCGCAUGGGACAGAGCUGCAGGUGGAGGCCUUGUUCCGACUCCCCAGGGCUCCGGCUGUGAGGGUUCCUCGCUGGAGUUCAUGGUGGCACACUGGGGGACAUCUGCUGGAGACCCUGUGCUGAAGGACUGGCCUUUCCAUGACAGAGGAGAAAACAAGCUAGGCCUGAGGGGGCCUGAGGAAGAAGGACACAGCAAGUGCACAUUUGUACAUUUCUGUUCCGUGUCACUCCCAGUUCCUGAUUCCUGUCUGCUUUAGCAGCCUGGAUAUUUAAUUUAAUCCCAUUUAUUACUUCAAACAUUUUAUCCAGAAAUACAGAAGUUUGAGAUGCUAUGCAGGUGGCAGCCACUCCUCAUGAAAUGCACUGUUUGGAAGAGGGUUGCCCUCCAGGGUCAGCCUUGGGGGGUCUGAGGUGCAGGCGCAAUUAAUUCUCCAACACCAAAGUGGUGGCUUCGUUAGAACCACCCUGGGCAAUGUGCGGGAAGGACAGCUACUCACCCCCGCCCAGGAUAUCACUAAGGACCUAUGGAGGAGUACAUUAAAUUCUGAUAUAA